ACAGGUGAGUUGAGAUGAUUGUGUGAGAAGUAGACGAGUAACAUGAGUAGUACAGAAGGUAUAGAGUAUAGAAGGGAUGCAUAGAGAAAUGAUAGAUUGAGUGAAGGAGUGUGAAUGAGUGAGAGUGAUAGAAGGAGUGAGAAGGGAAGGCGAGAUAGCGGAUGGCGGACGAAAACGAUGGUGGUGUAAUUACGCGGAGGUUAAAAAUAAAAAUAAGUGUUUGAACCGUACUUGACUGUUUAAUUGAGCAAACCCAAAAUCCCACAUUUUGGGGGCUCGUCCGGGAUGGGUGCUCAUUAAUUGGACAGGAUACGGUGGGACAACGACGUUCGCAGACGGCGAAAAUUUUCACGACGGACACGAGGCGCAGACGGCACCGAGUGGCUAGUUAGACGACGACGAAGACGCGAAAUUAUCGAUCAGACGGCUCGAUUAAUUUCGAUUAUCAUGACGACGGAAAAUAUGAAGGGCGGACGACGUGGACAACCAGAUCCAGAAUCGGUACCGGUUGUACCAAAUUACUCGAUGAUGUACGACGGCAUCAUACCUAAAUUCUCGGGAAAUGACAAGAUGUAUACUGUGUCACGAUGGGUGGAAGAAAUUGAAGAUAAUGGCGAGAUCUUCAACUGGACGCCUAUACAAAAGCUUAUUAUAGCGAGGCGAUCAUUGUGUUCGACGGCGGAGCUAUGGCUGAAGUCGGAGCGUGUUUUCAAGACGUUUGAGGAUUUGAAAACCGCGAUUAUGAAGGAAUUUUCUGAUACAAUUAACCAAAAAGAAUUACACGAAAUCCUAAGUACGAAGAAGAAGACGAAUAACGAAACAUGCUACGAGUAUAUGUUAGCUAUGAAGGAGCUCGGCAGAAGAGGAAAAUUACCCGAUUACAUUACUAUACAGUAUAUUGUAGACGGUAUACAAGACUAUGAAAACAACAAGAUUAUGUUGUAUGGCGUAUCGACGUUUGGAGACCUGAAAGAGAAGCUUAAAAUCUAUGAACAUGUGUGUAAAAGUGUGAAGCAACGACAUAAUGCGACAAGAGAACAGGAUAAUAAUACAGCAAGACGAAGACAGGAAAAUAGACGUGUGAAGUGUUAUAAUUGCGGCGAAGAAAAUCAUGUUUCAUCACAGUGCCCACAUCGUGGAAAAGGAUUAAGAUGUUUCCAGUGCGGAUUGUUCGGCCAUAUUGCAUUGCAUUGCCCGAAAAAUCCAAUGGUGAUAGCAGCGACAGCGACAUCUGGCGGUUCGGCGAAACCCCUGUCGCAAUGCGACAUGUCGGCAAAGCAAGUGAGUGAACGAAGACCGGUCCAGUCGGCGAAACAAUGGUGCAUUAAAGUGUCAGAAAAUGGUAGGAAUAUAGAUACGAAUACUGGCAACACUGAGAUGAACGAGAAUGACGUGAAGAAUGGAGUUGAGUUUGACAGAUCACAUACCGGUGCAUAUUCGCAAGUUAUGAUGAUAAACGAAGAAGUUAAUGGAAGAAAUCGGCCGUUAAAAUCUGUACAAGUUAAUGGAAAAACGGUCUGCGCGCUUAUUGAUACGGGAAGUGAAGCGAACUUAAUGUCUGCGACGUGUUAUGAGAAGUUAAACAUCGAUAAACCAGAGAAGUGUGACGUGAUAUUAUCGGGAUUCGGCGCAAGCGACGUGCGAUCGUGUGAUUGUUUUGUUACUGUUGUGACAAUAGACGGUAAAUAUUUUACGGACGUAAAGUUUAAUAUUGUGCCAAUUCAUGUAAUGCCGUACGAUAUGAUUAUUGGUCAACAAUUAUUGCAGAAAACUGUCAUGUUACUGGAUCACAACAAAGUCACCUUUUUGCCUUCUUUUGACGAUUCGUGGUCAACAAAAAUCAAACAUUUUCCUGCUGAGGUUGACUUUUUAGGUUGUGAAGUGAAGAGCAAUUCCAUACAAGACAAAGUUGAGUCCUUGGACACUUCCUAUACCCCGACGAAGACGAGAGUAUCUCCUACAGAGUUGAAGAAUGUUUUGAAGGAUGAAAUACCUGUUCCCCGGCGAUUUAGACGUUUGACAGUCAUGGAGCAAGAAGAGGUUGAGUUAGAAAGACUGGAGUGGCUUGGAGAAGAAGGUGUUAAAGUCAGUACCUCCAAUGAUGCUAACCUGUUAGUGCUACUCAGGAGGAAAAGCAGCAGCAAUUUAUGGUUAUUAAGAGAAGAAAACCAAAAUUACACGUACAAUAGAGAAGAAUUGAAACGAACAGUCAAGAAGUUGAAAAGAAAAGAAGAAAAUAAGAAGAAUUAUGAUAGGAUUAGAAAGGAAAGUACACAGGAAAGAGAGAGAGCAGCUAAAAGGACUCAGUUUAGGAGCAGUAUGAAAUUAAUGCCAAAAUUAUUAGAACCCUGUAAGUCUAUUAAAGUCAGAUGGAGAGAUUGUUGUGACGUUGAGAAGAUGAAGAAGUCCGAUGCUAGUGCAGACUUCAUGCAGAUGUAUCCUUAUGGCAUUGGCUAGAGAGGCUUGAAGAGGUUUAUUUUUUUUUGUUUACUAUUUCAUUAUUUCGCAUCACUUUUAAUUAGUAUUUUCUUUAAAAUUAUACUGAGGUUCAGACCCAGUAACCAUGCUUUGUUUUUGUUUGAGUUGUUAUGUAAAAGUUAGGGUGUAAAUUUUUACAUGUCAUAAGUAAGAUAAUGAAUAUUGAGACUGUUUAUUGAAAUAAUUAAGACUGUUGGUUAAGAAAUUCAUUUAUUGUGUUUACAGUUUCCCUGAUAAGACUUACUUGUACUGAAUUUUAUAGUUAGUUUGUUAUUACAACAUAUGAGAACUUUAUCUAGUUUUGUUUGAUAUUUAGAUGUUUAGAUUGUUGUCGAAGUACACAAGCUGUAUUGUUUAAAUAAAAUUGAAGGAAAUAGUUUUGUUUUAGAUGUUCUUUUAUAAAAAAUAUAUUUGAAGGUGUUUCAGUUUAAACAUAAGUUGUAGUAGGUAUGUCUUGUUUCUUAGACGAGUUUUAGUGUGGAAUGUAACUUUUUUGCAUUAAAAUAUUUUGAGAAUAUCUAGGGUGGAUAAGACUUAGUAUUGUGUAACAGUGUUUAAUACCUAUUGACUUGCCUAUAGAGUUUUUGUAUUUUUUUUAAGAUUUAUAAUUGUAACGAGAAUUUUAGGAGGUGUGAUAGUGUAUGAAUGAGUUGUUAUACGAGAAUGUUUUGUUUAUGUAAUAGAGUCAUUGUCAUAGAGUCAAUGUAGUAGAGUAAUUGUAAUAGAGUCAUUGUAAUAGAGUCAUUGAUGUUUUGGUGUAGAGCCAUUUGUAAAGCUUGAGGGCAAGCUUUAUGUCAGGACGGCCGAGUGUAGGCGUGUGGCUGAGUGAGUGACAGGUGAGUUGAGAUGAUUGUGUGAGAAGUAGACGAGUAACAUGAGUAGUACAGAAGGUAUAGAGUAUAGAAGGGAUGCAUAGAGAAAUGAUAGAUUGAGUGAAGGAGUGUGAAUGAGUGAGAGUGAUAGAAGGAGUGAGAAGGGAAGGCGAGAUAGCGGAUGGCGGACGAAAACGAUGGUGGUGUAAUUACGCGGAGGUUAAAAAUAAAAAUAAGUGUUUGAACCGUA